CUGAGAGCGAGAGAGAGAGAGAUUGAAUGAAUGAAUGAAUUUGAAAAAACAAUCUGGACCAGUUCGGAUGUGAUCUUUCAACAUAAAUACUUCGACUUCGAAGCUCACUAGUUCAGUGAUUCAACACGACGAUACAUUUCAAAGGGAUACACUAUUCAAAAAUGUUCAUAAUUAAAAUUGAUGCCUUCUUCAUAUUAUAUUGGUGUCUUUUGCUGUGCUCGACAGCGGCUACUGCAAGUCGCCCGCUACAGCGUGACUUGCGGCUCCUCAAUUUGGGGGCGGUGGCUAUCACAUCAAUGGAAGUUGGAGGCGCAUCCCAUUCUAUCUAUGAAGUCUCUGAAGCAAAUGUUAUUUCUACCGAGAUCCAGACUUAUACAGUACAACAUACGAGAGUUUUAGAACCAUGUCCAAUUAACUUGGAAAUAGAUUCAACUUGCAAAGUAGAAGAGCUAGCAAUUGCUGGUCAUGCAAAUACUACUAUCACAUUGGCUGUUGUUCAUCAACUAAAUGUAGAGCUCUUAAAUAAGCCCCAGUGUAAUGACCACAACACUGUGAAUCGAUACCUCAUUGUAUCAACAAUGCAUGUGUCAAUUUACGCACUAUAUGCUUGCAAUGCGACUCGGAUUUGAAGAAUGUCCCUCAUUGUUAGUGGACUCGGCCUGUGCAGGUACUGGAAAUCAGGCCUUCUGCGGCUUUCGUACAGUUUACGAAGGAUAUCUAUGUGGCUCGCAGACCAUCGUCACUGUUUGCCCGCUUGAGCAGUGUCAGUGUAGUGACCAGUGCUCAUCGACAAGAUCUUCCCUCGUAGGAUUCACUGAGUGUCGAAAUUGCACUAUAAUCCCAACGCCUUCAACUUCUUCAACACCAUCGCCAUCAGUCUCGCCGUCCCCCAGUCAGAUUUUACCAGGAACAGGUAGUGUGAGCGGCAGAGUGACUGACCAGCGAGGGAAGCCACUGGCUAGCGUUGAGCUUCGACUGGAACCCAGUGAUAGCAGAAAGCGUCGUGAUACUGCCAAUGAGGGAAACGUGGGAUGGUACAAUGGAGAGCUGACUCGGGACCGGCGGGCGGUACAAGUCGAAUUCACGAAUGAGAACGGUGAUUAUACAUUUGUAAAUGUAUUGCCAGGCAACUUCGCAAUUGCUGUCAAUCCUUCCGUGGAAGUCGGCGGGGAAAUGUUUCUCAUCGCUGUACUUGCUCUACAGCCAGUUUUCAUUCGAGCGUCGACAGCAUCAUCAACAAUCCCAUUCGUAUUCGGACAGACUGGGUCUAUUCCUGUCGGUACUCUUAACGCGGAUGGCUUGCCUAUCGGGGCAGCCACAGUGAAUCUAUUUCAAAGCGGAAAUUCACUGUUGGUCGUGGCAACAACAAGUACUGAUGCGACAACUGGAAUAUACACUUUUAUGGAACUUCCGGAUGGUGACUUCAUCAUAGAAUUUAUUGUUAGCAGCGUUGGUAAUGGCGAGUACGUCGUGCUUCAGGACGGUGCUGGUACGGCAUCGAAUACUCUGUCCAUCGCUCUCCCAAGUGCUGACAAUUUAGUGACUGUAGCGCAGCAAUGCUUUGUAGUGGGCCAAAUAGGAUCGGUAUACGGAAGACUCAGGCAGAAGCAAACCAACGCGGUUGUAUCAGGAGCGAUCGUAUCACAAGGGAGUAAUUCGCAGACACUAGCAACGACGACUACAAGGGAGGGCUUUCUCGCAUUCCCUAGGGUAGGGUUUGGAUCGGCAGUUGUGGUCGUACCGUUAUCUGUCAGUCUGGGCGAAUCAGUGAGUCAUUUGAGCACAGAAGUACCAGUUUCACUCAAUUUAAACAGCCCGACCAUAGCAUUAGACAUAGGUUAUGCGCCAGUGGAGAUACCUUCAAAUUCGCCUACACCUUCGCCAUCAUCAAGUACCACAGCUACCACAAGUCCUUCUAUGACACCAAGUACGACACCAACUACAUCAAUCACAAUUACAUACAGUGCUUCAACGAGUCCCAGUAAAACACCGAGUGUGACACUAACUUCAACAACUACCAACACACCCAGCGCUACAACAAGUCCUACUGUGACACCAAGCAUGACACCAACUCCAUCAAGCACAAAUGCACCCAGUGCUACAACAAGUCCCACUGUAACACCAAGCAUGACACCAACUCCAUCAAGCACAACUACACCUAGUGCUACAACAAGUCCUACUGUGACACCAAGCAUGACACCAACUCCAUCAAGCACAACUACACCCAGUGCUACAACAAGUCCCACUGUAGCACCAACACCAACUCCAUCAAGCACAACUACACCCAGUGCUACAACAAGUCCUACUGUGACACCAAGCAUGACACCAACUCCAUCAAGCACAACUACACCCAUUGCUACAACAAGUCCCACUGUAACACCAAGCAUGACACCAACUCCAUCAAGCACAACUACACCCAGUGCUACAACAAGUCCUACUGUGGCACCAAGCAUGACACCAACUCCAUCAAGCACAACUACACCCAGUGCUACAACAAGUCCCACUGAAACACCAAGCAUGACACCAACUCCAUCAAGCACAACUACACCCAGUGCUACAACAAGUCCUACUGUGACACCAAGCAUGACACCAACUCCAUCAAGUACAACUACACCCAGUGCUACAACAAGUCCUACUGUGACACCAAGCAUGACACCAACUCCAUCAAGCACAACUACACCCAGUGCUACAACAAGUCUUACCGUGACACCAAGCAUGCCAUCAACUCCGUCAACCACAACUACACCCAGUGUUUCUGCGAGUCCACAGCAAGCCGAAGAUCCAGGAUAGUAUCUGGCUAGUGAACGUGUCUAUUGCGCAACAAUCUGUUCUGAACGUUCAUCUUCGUGCGUAGCUUCUCGUCUCAACGAUAUAGAUACGGAAGAGAAAAUUAGAGAUUUGGUCUCAUCUCUGGGUAGUUCUUGUACCCAGUAUAAAAAUUAAUGUUUCUGUUAACCCGGCUGUGAACGGAUAAGGAUAUUACUUUUAUCAGAAUUUGCAUGUUCCAGCCUCUUGUGGAUGGAGUACUAGUGACAGCUUUAUGAUCUGCUGCUGUGGUUCCAAUGCCGACGAUUAUCAUAUUCCAAACGUGUAACAGGAUCCGGUUUCGAAGGUUCUGACGAGACGAUAGACUUUGAUCAGUAAAUAAAGGAAACGAAUAGGAGGCGUAUGCGUUCAACUUUUA